GCACUCGCCUGGGGAGCAGUUUCGCGCGCUGAAAAAUUGCAAAAAAAAUUGCAAAAAAAAGGCGGAAAAAGCGGAAAAAGCGCAUAAGGCGGAUAAGGCGAUAAGGAGGAAAAAGGCAAAUCACCCUUCCGCUGAAGAUGCCCCCCAGCCGCUCUCCACAGCGUACAACUUUCGAAGGGGGAGGGUGACGCACAUGACGAUUUUCACGUUACUUUGACUCCCUCCUUUGGCUUCCCCCCCGCAACAUGCCGGACGAACGGCAAAGAACCCUACAGAGGUACGCCCUGCACCUGGAAAAGAAGGACCUCGUUUUAAAAAAAAAAAAAAAAAAUGACCUGAAGAGCAUUUUAUAUUUCCCCUCUUUGUUUUGGUUCAAUGGGCAGUUCUGUCCCCCCAUUCCGUACUACAGCUUUGAGGGGAUCGAGGGGGGGGCAGGAGAAGUGGAGACAAAAGGGGAGAAGCCCUGCCUGGGGGGAGAGAACAACCCCCCAUUUGGGCCUCACCUGGCUGAUUUCCUCACCUGUGGGGUCCACAAGAACAGCAUCAUUGUAAAGAGAGUUGUAAAAAAUGAAGUCUUGAGCGUAAGUAUGCCCAGCGAUAUGAAGGUCAUGGCGUGCGUUUUUUAUGUGAACUUUCAGUAUGUGCUGGGCCGGGGGUCCUUCCUCAGCGCGACGACGAAGCCGUUUUUAUUUUGUCUAUCGUUGGCUGCCUUGGGGGGGGAGGCCCGGCGAGAGAACAAGAGGGGGGCCUACGAAGUGGCUAGUCAAGCGGCUAGUCAAGCGGCCAAUGAGGCGACCCACCAACCGGCCAAACGGGGGAAGGGGCCAGACGGAGGGGCAAAAACCGGCUCGCCUUCCCCCCCCUCGCUCGGCUGCGGCAUCAGCUGCGGCAUCAGCUGCGGCAUCAGCUGCGAUAUCAGCUGCGAUAUCGCCCACAACAUUCGGAACGCGCUGGACACGGCCCCCCGAGAGCUCUUCCUCUACAACGAAAAGAAAGAAAUACACCUCUUCAACUACGUAACAAAUAAAUCUCGCCUAAUCACACGAGAAAGGGCACAAGUGACGGCCCUGCAGUUUGCCUUUUUGCACAUCAGCGAGCAUAAUAGCCUUUACCACAAGCUGGGCACAGACGUGUACGAGGGGGGGGUAAAACUUGUGGACCUCGACCAAGUGGGGGAGCAUCUGUGGCGCAAAAACAGGUACUGCGUGGAGGUUCUGCAGGGGUGGCUAGGCGGGGGGAGCGGCGCAGUGGAAGGGGUGGACGCGGGGGGCGGGCCCCGCUUGCGCAAAAUUCUGCGGAGGAUGUUCUACGUGCUGAUAUACGGAGACAGCGAAGGAAACGUGCACUUCCUAAUCCCGGAGAAGGAGGUAAAAAUAAAAAAAAACUUCAGAAAAGGGGAAAAGAUACACCUCAUCGAGACGAAUGUCAAGGCCUACUACAACACGAAAGGGGACAGCCGUAUAGCCACUGUGCUACGAAGCAAUGUGAAUGUCUUUUUAGCCUACAGGGACUGCAUAUUGGUUUUUAAUUUCCCCUUGUAUGAGCCCCUGUUCGUGGUGAGUACCUCCGAUGAGGUGAUCUUCUGCCUGAGUGCCUGUCUUGGCGAGCACGGCGAGGUGUUUUUUGCCUUCUCCACGCAGAGGUGCGUGCGCGUUGGGGAGGUCUCGCGGGGGGCCGAGCUGCUCCGCGUGGAGGUGGACCCCGCCAAAGGGCAUACCCUGCAAGUGAAUAACGCCAUGGAGCACACCACCCAAGCGGAUAACGCCACAGAGCAUACCGCCAAAGAGCACACCACGCAAGUGAAUAACGCCAAAGAGCAGACCGCCCAGGGGAACCACCCGCACAACCCCAAGCAGCAGAAGAGCCACACCUGCGUGUGCUUCGGAGGCGAAGGCGAUCUCUACAUAACCAGCGGGGACAAGGGAACCAUCCACAGGUACAAUUUGAAGCAAAAGCAGAUUACCCAUAAAUACGACCCCAGGUGUAAGCGCAUCUUCCAUUUGUCCCUGUGCACCCUGAAAGGAGAAGACUACGCGUACCUCUACGACGCAGAGAAGUUCCUCUGCCUCUUCCAACUGAGUAGUCAGAAGAGCGUAUACAAAAUUUUUACUCUCUCCGUGUGGGUCUACCAGAUCCUUUGCCUUCGCUCCGGUGUGCUCUUUUCCCUCGGGAAUGAAAACGUGUGCAACUUAGAGGUCAAACGGAAGAGCGGCGAAAACAGCGGCGGCAACGGCAACGGCAACGGCGGUGGGGGCGACCUGCUCCUCGCCAAGCCGUUCUACUCCGACCGCAUGAGCGUCUGCACAUACCUGACGAAUCACCCCCACCUGCCGCUCAUAGCCUUUGUAAACAAGAAACUGCGCUUUGGCGUUUUCUCCCUGGUGGACCCCCAAAGGAGAAGCGUCAUUGUGCCGCCCAUGCGCGAAAAUGAGAAGGUCUCCUCCGUGUGUUGGUUCAGCACGAGGAGGCAACUGGAGGUGCGCGAUUUGCAUCGGCUGGGUGGUGGCCUCCCCCUUGGGGAUUCGACGGAUCAGCUAAAUUCGCUAAAUUCGCAAGAUCCGCUAAAUUCGCAAGAUCCGCUAAAUUCGCAAGAUCCGCUAAAUUCGCAAGAUCCGCUAAAUUCGCAAGAUCCGCUAAAUUCGCUAGAUCCGCUAAAUUCGCUAAAUUCGCUAGGUCCCCUAAAUUCGCUAGGUCCGCUAGAUGCUCUAACGCCUAGUCAGCUGGCAGAUGGAUGGGGGGAGCACCGCAAUCCCCCUUUAUCCUCAAACCACGGGGGAGGAACGCAAAAUAACAAAAGGGACGACGGUUACACCACCCCAAUCAACACACACAUGGCACACCUAAUACAGAGCAGCCCGUACCAGGCACACCUGGCAGUGCUGAACGAAGACACGCUGUUCCUUUACAAUGUCCUGACUAGCCAAGUGACAGAUUUGAAGAAUUAUUUGCGAAAGGCAGUGCCCCAAUUCUGUGGAAAAAAAAAUUUCCUCAAGUCUAUAACCUAUCAAAAAGGAUGCUACGUUUUUAUGUUCCUACAAAAAAAUAUGAUUUUCAUUUUUGAUGAGCAUUUCAAAUUUUGCCUUCGGACGAUAAGUGUAGAAGACCGCAUCGUCCGCUUCUUCCUGCGAGAUGGGUACCUCUUCAUUCACUCCAACACGUCUGUUUAUUUCACCUCCCUGCGGAACGCGCUCUCCCUCUUUCCUGUGGUCGCCCAAGGGGGGGGGGAGGAUGCCCAAGCUCAAAGGUUAGAAUUCACCAAGGUGGUCACGGCGCAAACGUUUAAGAUAGCUCUUUUCGAUUUUCACUGCGUGGGGGAGGAAGCCUACCUGGCUGUUUACACCAAGCGGAAGGAGAUUCUCGUGUACAGGGUGCGAACGGCUGGGGGGGAGAACGAGGCGGAAAACGAAGCGGAGAGAGAGAGAGAAGCGGAGAGGGAAGCGGACGGCGCCGCUAACACCACCGCCAACACCACCGCCAACACCACCGCCAACACCACCGCUAACACCAACACCAACCGCGCAAGUGCGGAGGCCCAGCUGGUCGCCCAGUUCCUCAGCUUCUACCAAUUCGAGCACCUGAGCAAAGUCGGGAGCAUCCUGAGCAUGAAGUUUUUUUACUGCGCCGCCAAGCGCCGGACGUACUUAAUUUUCGGCGGGCUGGAGCAGUUCCUCUUCUUCUGGGACUUUAGGAAGUACCCCCUCGUGCGGAGGGGCGGCGUGAAGGAGGUGAGCGGUGUGCGCUAA